GGUCCUCCCGAACAAAAGCCCCUCCCGCUCCCUGCAAGAGGGGGAAGGUGGCUUUCGUCUCCUCUGCAGGAGCUGCCUCAUGUUUCCUUCAGGGACCUGAAAGCUCAGUCUGAGUUGUGGUGCAGUGCAGCCCUGGUUCCUAGCAAGACUCAUCCACACUUGCCCAGGGAAUAUUUCUAUUCACCUGACUGUGUAUCAGAUUUACCGGUAUAUCAGAAAAAUAUAUUUGCUUUUUAGAAUUUGCUAAAACCUCUCAUUAGGACAGACAGAACUUGGCAGAAGACAUAGGGACUUUUUCGAUUUCUUGGAGGUGUCCUGAGAACAGAGAUGGAAGAGCAAGACUCAGCUGGGCCUGAAGCAGGAAGAGGCCAUUCCAUCCAAACUCUUAGCCAUGGCGGAUUCUGGGGAAAAUCUGUCCAAAGGAUCCUGGGUGAGGAGGACACCCUCCGCUCAGAUGUGCAGAGCCAGCAGCUCAGGCGGCUUUGCUACCAGGAGGCCGAAGGACCCCGAGAGAUUUGCAACCGACUCUACCACCUUUGCCGCCAGUGGCUGAAACCAGAAAUGCACACGAAAGCUGAGAUGCUGGACCUGGUGAUCUUGGAGCAGUUCCUGGCUGUCCUUCCAGCAGAGAUGGAGAGCUGGGUGAGGGAAUGUGGAGUGGAGACCAGUUCCCAGGCGGUGGCCCUGGCUGAAGGUUUCCUCCUGAGUCAGGCAGAGAAGCAGGGGAAGGAUCAGUUUCCAGAAAUGGGUCUGGAUUCCUCUGAAGUAGAGAGAACUCCAUUGGACUCCAGACUAAGGCCACUGGGAGACCGAACGAUGCCAGCAAGACCUGUUUGUCCAUCUUUUCUUGGUGGCGAAGGGGAAGCUGCCCCUGUGGAAGCAGAGCAGGGUCCAUUGUGCUUUGAAGAUGUAGCUGUGCAUUUCACAGACGAGGAGUGGGCGUUGCUGGAUCCUGACCAGAUUGCUCUACACAAGGAAGUCAUGGAGGAGAAUCGUGGGAUCUUGGACUCUCUCGUUGCAGGUGGUGAUGAAUUGGAGCAGAAGAACGAGGGAGACCACGACAAAAGCCACAGAGUGGAGAAGUCAUAUCCAUAUUCAGAGUGCAGAGAGAGCUUCAGUCAGAGCUCCCAUUCCACUUCAAAUCAAAGAAAUCCCCUUCAGAACAAAGCCUAUCAGUGCUUAGAAUGUGGAAAGAGCUUCAGACAGAGAAACAAGCUCACUGUCCAUCAGAGAAUUCAUACAGGGGAGAAACCCUAUCAGUGCCAAGAGUGUGGAAAGAGCUUCAGUCAAAAGGGCAGUUUAAUUUCCCAUCAGAGAAUUCAUACAGGGGAGAAACCUUAUCACUGCUUGGAAUGUGGAAGGGGCUUCAUUGACAGACGCCAGCUCACUGUCCAUCAGAGGAUUCAUUCGAGGGAGCAACCAUAUCAGUGCUUAGAAUGUGGAAAGAAAUUCACCCAGAGCUCCCAUCUCGCAACCCAUCACAGAAUUCAUACAGGGGAGAAACCCCAUCAGUGCUUAGAAUGUGGAAAGAGAUUCAUUGAGAAAGCCAAACUCACGAUCCAUCAAAGAAUUCACAGCGAGGUGAAACUAUUUCAGUGCCAAGAAUGUGGAAAGAGCUUCAGACACAAAGGCCAGCUUAAUGUACAUCACACAAUUCAUACAGGGGAGAAACGCUAUCAGUGCCAAGAGUGUGGCAAGAGCUUCAGAAAAAAGAACAGUUUUGCUUCCCAUGAGAGAAUUCAUAAAGGGGAAAAACCUUAUCAGUGCUUGGAAUGUGGAAGGGGCUUCAUUGACAGACGCCAUUUCAAUGUCCAUCAGAGGAGUCAUUCGGGGGAGAAGCCCUAUCAGUGCUUGGAAUGUGGAAGGGGCUUCACUGACAGACGCCAGCUCACUGUCCAUCAGAGGAUUCAUUCGGGGGAGAAACCCUAUCAGUGCUUGGAAUGUGGAAAGAGUUUUACUUGGAAAACAAGUUUCACUUCCCAUCAGAGAAGUCAUACAGGGGAGAAGCCAUAUCACUGCUUGGAAUGUGGAAAGAGGUUCAUUCUCAGAGCCCUUCUCCGUGUCCAUCAAAGAAUUCAUACAGGGGAGAAGCCCUAUCAGUGCUUGGAAUGUGGAAAGAAAUUCACCCAGAGUGCCCAUCUCACAACCCAUCACAAAAUUCAUACAGGGGAGAAACCCUAUCAGUGCUUGGAAUGUGGAAAGAGAUUCAUUGAGAAGGCCAAACUCACGAGCCAUCAAAGAAUUCACAAGAGAAAACCAUUUCAGUGCCAAGAAUGUGGGAAGAGCUUCAGUCACAGCGCCCGCCUCACUUCCCAUCAAAGAACUCACAUUGGGGGCAAAUCAUAGUAG